AUGCCCUUGGAGGAGGCAGUUGGGAGCAUCUUUGAGGCAGGCCGGGUUCCAUCUGAGAAUGACCAGAUGCAGCUCUCAAUAGAUGUCAAGGAAGAAGAGGAGGGAGAUGCAAGUCUGCUAGAGGAAGGUCAUCUGAAUGAGGAGGCCACCAGACAGACCUUAUCAGAAAGAGCUGAGAGUGAGGAGCUGAAAGAGAAUUUCUGGAAUCCAGAUGUACCAGAAAACCAGGAAGAAAACCUCACAGAAAACAGGAUGGAUGAAUCCUUUCCUUGUCAGGAUGAGGGCUUUCAUGAAUUCACCGUGCAACCAGCAAAGCAAGCAGACAAGAUAAGGAACCAAUAUCUCGAUGUUAAUUGGGAACUCCCCCCAGAGGAGACAUUGGACCAAAAUCAGGGGUUGUGUUCAGAAAGUGAAACACUCUGGAAAGGAGAGAAACGUUAUAAAUGCUCAGAAUGUGGAAAGAGUUUUAGCAAGAGCACACACCUGAUUAGACAUCAAAUCAUGCACACUGGGGAGAGAGGAUACAAAUGCUCCGAAUGUGGAAAGACCUUCAAUCAGAGCGCACACUUAACUUCCCAUCAAAUAAUCCACACAGGAGAGAAACCAUAUAAAUGUUCCGAAUGUGGGAAAAGUUUCAACAAGAGCACCAACCUGAUUAGGCACCAGAGGAUGCACACGGGAGAGAAGCCGCAUAGCUGUUCAGACUGUGGCAACCACUUCUCAGAUAAAUCAAGCCUUAUUCAGCAUCAGAGAGUGCAUACAGGCGAGAAACCAUUUAAGUGCUUGGAAUGUGGAAAGAGGUUCAGUCACAGGGGAAGCCUUCGUGCACAUCAGAGACUCCACACAGGGGAACGACCCUAUACGUGCUCAGACUGCAGCAAGAGCUUCUGUGAUCAGUCCAGUCUUAUUAGGCACAAGAGAAUCCACACAGGGGAGAAGCCAUAUAAAUGCACAGAGUGUGGCAAGAGUUUCAGCCAGAGCACAAACCUUACUUUACAUCAAAGAAUGCAUGCCAGGGGUGGGGAGGAACUGCCCCAUGAUCCUCCCCAUCCACUUACCAGUGAGAUAGCUGUGUUAGCCUUGUGGCACCUUUGAAAACGACUUUGAAAACUAUUGUACUGUCAGGAAUUAGAGUCCCUUUAACCAGGUACAUAUGCAUGGUUGAAUAAAUCGGCCCUGCAUCAAGUUUACUUGGUAUUUGAGGCUAGGAAAGAAUUUCUGUGAAACAGAGCCCUUUCUGUGUUUCCCUAUUCUGUGUAGAACUGCCUGACUAAAGCUUUGAGGUAGUUUUCGUUUUGUAAAUUUUAAUAGUUUAAUUGUAAUUUGGAAGGUAAACUUUCUUGGAGUUGCUUUUGGAUUGAAACCCAAGGCAUAAUAAAAUAUAAAAUAAUUAAACUGUUUACAUUUUACUGGCUGUUGAAAGUAUUUCAGUUGGAGCAGGUGUCUAAAUUUGCAUAUGAGAACCAGUGCAGGAAAAAUGAAAUCAAUAAAGCUCUUUCCCGUGCAGCAAGUGUCUUGUUAGAGAAACGUAGUGCAAAAUAAGUCAGUACAUAAGAAGGAAAAUAAACUGGCAGAAACUUGUAUCAAAACAUGAGAGAGAAGGAAGCAGAGUGAGAUGAAAUCCACUCCAUCCCAGGAAUCAAGUACCAAAAAUUACAGACCCACAGGGUCAUUGUUUUCUGUCUGGGGUGAGAUUUCUGCAUUUCUGAUUCUAUUACAUUACUUAUUGGAUGUCCUAUUCUGUUGAUUGCAUUGAUCUUCUUGGUGAUCCAUCUUGAUUCUCAGUGAGAAAGACAGACUAUAAAUGAUUAAUGAAAUUGUUGAAUUUGCACUCUGCUCUUUUCUGGUUAGCAGAAGGAAGGUUGAGGAACAAGUGGGUAUGGAUCACCUCCCUUGUGCGCAGCCAAACAGUACUCUAGAAAUUCAGAUGACCCUGGCAUAGUGGAAAGUCCCGAGUUAUCCCUGGACCAUAGAGCCUCAAGAGGCCAAGAGCAGAGUGGACCUUAUUCCAGACAGGAUGAGAAGGGAAGUUUGCUGGGGUUGGGGAAAAACAGGUCAUGAAAACUUGGUUGAGGAAGGAGGCCAUUUUCUACAUAUAUCUUUACGGGGAGGAAGGCACCUUCACAGCUCAGGAAAACAGCAGUGAGGAGCACUUGGUCCUGAGAAAGCAAGGAAGUAUCUCUAAAUACUGAAACCAAAGUAGUGAAUGAGCCAGAAUAAAUGCAACUUAAUUUCCAUCUUCAGAGAUAAGGGGGAAAGGAUGCGCCUUUAUUCCAAUUUCUUGUACCCUUGCUCAGUUGUGUUUACCAGUGCAGUAUGUGUGUGUGUGCUUUUAAUUUGUUCAUUAAACAACUUUUCAUUUUAUGUA